UUAGGAUGAAGAUAAAAUAAAAAGCACGAACAUGUUAUAAUUGGUUAAAUUUCUUAGAGUAUAUACAGACAGAGUGAUAAUUGAACAUCGACUCUAAUGAAGCGACGGCGACCCUGUUCUUCUCCACUGUCUGCCAUUAAACCCACAUCUUCCUCUACGCCCCCAACUCCACCCAUCUCUGAUUUCACCAAAACCAAAACAAACAUCAAGCCAGCAGCUGUUUCAGCAAGAAAAUCUCUCUCCGAAGCCCUCAAAAUCCAAAACUUAACAACCCAGAAUCAGAAAUGGACACCACUCAAUCUGUGCAAAUCAGAGCUAUCUUUACCCCUCACAUUACCGACCGGUCAGACCUUUAGAUGGAAGCAAACAGGGACUCUUCAAUACACUGGCGUUAUUAAGUCUUAUCUGGUGUCUUUAAAACACCUCGAUAAUGGUGAUGUUGCGUACCAUUUUCAUGCUGCUUCAGCUUCCAACGAGGAAGAUUCUAGGUUGGCAUUGCUUGAUUUUCUCAAUAUGGGUAUUUGUUUAACUGAUUUGUGGGAGGAUUUUUCGGCUUCUGACCAGAGGUUUGCUGAGCUAGCUCUCCAUUUGGCGGGUGCUCGUGUGCUUAGACAGGAUCCGUUGGAAUGCCUUAUUCAGUUCUUGUGUACAUCUAAUAAUAACAUUAAGAGAAUUACUGGGAUGGUUGAUUAUAUUUCGUCAUUAGGUCAAUUUGUGGGUAUCGUUGAGGGGUUUCAAUUUUACGAGUUUCCCUCAUUGGAGCGGUUGGCCAUGGUAUCAGAAGAAGAGCUUAGGGAAGCUGGCUUUGGCUAUAGAGCAAAAUACAUCGUCAACACAAUAAAAGCCUUGCAAAUGAAACCUAGAGGGGGUGCUCAGUGGCUUUCAUCUUUGCGUGGAAUGGAUUUGGAAGAUGUAAUAAAUUCUCUCUCUACUCUGCCCGGUGUGGGUCCAAAGGUGGCAUCUUGUGUAGCUCUCUUCUCUCUGGAUCAACAUCAUGCAGUUCCUGUUGACACUCAUGUUUGGCAGAUUGCUACGAGGGAGAUGAUACCUGAGCUUGCAGGUGUUCGUCUGACACCGAAGUUAUGCAAUCGUGUAGCCGAAGCUUUUGUAACUAGAUAUGGGAAGUAUGCUGGCUGGGCUCAAACCCUUCUAUUUGUCUCUGAAUUGCCGUCUCAAAAGGCCAUCGUAUCAUCGCAAGUUUGCACUGAGAUUGACAAGAAUAAGUCAGUUUCAAGUCUCUGAGUCAAGCUAAGAAUUUGUGUUGAGUAAUACUUUUUGCAUCCUGUCUUGCAUGAGACCGUGUCACGGUGAGACGACUUCAAAACAAGAAGCCCAUAAGCUAAAAGUUUCUAUUAUUAGGCUAUUUAAUUCAAGUAUGAGGUAUGUCUUACAGUAAGACCGUCUUAUACAAAAAUUUGUGUACUUUUUGUAAUUUUGGAUUUUUCAACAAUUUAAAAUUUUUAAGCUUUAAAAAGAAGUUGACAUGUGACGACCAAGGCCCAAGUUUGUACCUUCUCAUUUGUUAUUACUAGUUGUGGGGCCGUGUGCUAUGCACGCGGUCCCCCAAGAGACACUAUCGAAUUUCAUAAUAUUGUUUUAUAUACUUCUAUUAAUAAGUUUACAAUAAAAAUAUUAGAAUAUCAAUAUGUUGCAAA